GAAUUUGUAAAGUAUCCUUGAAGAACAGAUGUAAAGUACUAGCUGUUGUUGCACUACUGUAGCAUGAGGAAUCAAGUAGUGGUGAAUUGGGCAUACAAUUUGGAUAUUGUUAAAGGCUCUUUAUCUUACUUGCAUUUUAUAUUCCACUAUUUAGGUUGUGGCCUUUACAUUACCCAACAGCUUUAUGGUUCUUAGGCAGACACAAAUUCUUCAGAGCACAGACUUCAAAUGUGUGUUUUCUGGAUUAUGAAGUGUUGCUUGGACUUACAUGUUGAAUUAUUUUAAAAUCCAGAUAUAUUCCAUUGUAUGGAUUUUACCCUUUUGCCAGCUAUAGUACAUAAAAUCUAGUAAUUUUCUCCAUGGUUGAUGCAUUAGCAAUAACAUAAAUUUUAAACAGAUAAGAAUUCUCCUGUGUUUAUGUAGUAAAACAGAGGGAGAACAGUUGGUGACUUUUGUUUUAAAAUAAUGUAAAAAAAUGGGCAGUAUAUCUGGAAUAGAAAUGAGGGGCCCUCUUGCUUAAUCUUGAUUAAGAGGGGCAAAAUGAAGCUGGGACUGUGCGCUUUGUGUUUACUGAAGCCUGACUGCCCUCUUAUGUAGAAUUGACUAUGUUACAAGUGGCUGGUAUCAGUGUCUGUUAAGACCUUUUGAAAGUAGCUCACAGCGCUGUUGCUAGAAAUUUUGAUCUGUGCUGUCCUUAAGAAUCUACGUUUAACUGAAAUGGGACCAGGUGUGUAGGAAAUACAGGUAGCAAGUGCAAUGCAAGCUUGAUUGAUUUUUAUUUAUUUAUUUAUUUAUUUAUUUAUUUUUCUUUUAUGUACUGUGCUGUUUGUGUAAGUUUUAGCAUCUGAGGCAUGUAGUGACCUUUUUGGAUACUAUGGACACAAGCUGAAGAUGAAAUUAUUAUGGACCUGUGUUCAGGAUUAAAAGGCAACUGCAUUUUAUUGGCGGUAUUUGUUCUUUAGACCGAUUUUAUUACUUGGGGUAUGCUUACCACAGCAAAGAACCUGUAUUCUGUCAUGCAGAGAACAUAAAUACAAAUAGAUCCAGUCCAAACCAUGAAUCUUGUUAUAUGCCAGUUGGAGUAAUUUAGUGGAGCUUAUUUUGGGAGGUGGGGCAGAAGGGAUGUUCUUGGGUGCAGUGGAAUCGUGGGAAGUAAAUGUUUGCCUGACCUCUCCAAAGUGAAUUUGAUAGAGACAAAAAAAAAAAGAGGAGUUAGUUAUUUCUUUGCCUUGACUGCAUUUGCACUUUACCUGCUAUAUUUUUCUACAAGUAGAAAGAAUCAGAUGAAUUAGACUUCGUCCACAUUACCGCAGAGUAGUUGUUUGCUUUCCAUAGUGGUGCUACUAGAGAUUUUAAAAAAUGCAAUGUAGUGGGUGGAUCUAUCAACAGGGAGCAGGCUUUUUCCUUUAUACAAAUAGCUGAAUUCUCAAUUCUCCUCUCAAAUUGUGGUUAGAAGUGGUAUAGAGAUAAGCCAAGGAUUGGCCAGAGUAUUUUGGUUAGUGCUCUCAUUUCAGCUGUAUUAUUUCUAGAGGUCUAUGCUGGUGUUUAGUGUUCUUGUAUUAAAAAUCAUAUGUAUGUGGUAUUCAAAAGGAUGGCCUGUGUGAAACCUGUUUUCUUCACAGCUUAGUUACUCAACAGCUUCUGGCCAUCAGUCUCUCCUCGCAGAUUAGCAAUCUGUGUUUUGCGUUGACUCUGAAGCACGUGAUUUCUGCGGUCUCUGGCUCUCCUCAUCCUGUAUUUCUGUUGCACUGGAUUCCGAACAUCUUGUCUCCCAUUUCCCCUGUGUCAGCUGCUUGUCUGCUUACGGGAUGGAAUUUACAUUUUCUCAAGAGAAGCUGCGUAUCUUGGAUCAAUACUGUUGAAGAUAUCUUCUGAUUGCAACACCUGAAGCAGGGUCCUGUAACAAAUUUGUCAAAAAACCACAUACAAUGGAUCUCAAAGAAAGCUGCCCAAGUGUUAGCAUUCCCAGCUCUGAUGAACACAGAGAGAAGAAAAAACGGUUUACUGUUUACAAAGUGUUGGUCUCAGUUGGCAGAAAUGAAUGGUUUGUCUUCAGACGGUAUGCAGAGUUUGAUAAACUCUACAACACGCUAAAGAAGCAAUUUCCCACCAUGAACAUGAAGAUUCCAGCUAAAAGAAUAUUUGGAGAUAAUUUUGAUCCCGACUUUAUUAAGCAGAGAAGAGCAGGACUGAAUGAAUUCAUUCAAAACUUAGUUAGACAGCCAGAGCUAUGCAACCACCCAGAUGUCAGAGCAUUUCUUCAGAUGGAUAACCCAAAACACCAGUCGGAUCCAUCUGAAGAUGAAGAUGAAAGGAGUGGUCGGAAGUUAAACUCUACCUCACAGAAUAUCAAUUUGGGACCAUCUGGAAAUCCUCAUGCUAAACCAACAGACUUUGAUUUCCUGAAAGUUAUUGGGAAAGGCAGCUUUGGCAAGGUUCUUCUUGCAAAACGAAAACUGGAUGGGAAAUACUAUGCUGUCAAAGUGCUGCAGAAAAAAAUUGUUCUUAAUAGGAAAGAGCAAAAACAUAUUAUGGCUGAACGUAAUGUGCUUUUGAAAAAUGUGAAACAUCCAUUUUUGGUUGGAUUACGUUACUCGUUCCAAACAACGGAAAAGCUUUACUUUGUCCUGGAUUUUGUUAAUGGAGGAGAGCUGUUCUUUCACUUACAAAGAGAGCGUUCCUUUCCUGAGCACAGAGCCAGAUUUUAUGCUGCUGAAAUAGCCAGUGCAUUGGGCUACUUACACUCCAUAAAUAUAGUGUACAGGGAUUUAAAGCCAGAGAACAUUCUCCUAGAUUCACUAGGUCAUGUUGUGUUGACCGACUUCGGACUUUGUAAAGAAGGGAUUGCAAGUUCUGAUACCACUGCAACUUUUUGUGGGACACCAGAAUAUCUUGCACCGGAAGUCAUUAAAAAGCAGCCCUAUGACAACACAGUAGACUGGUGGUGCCUUGGUGCAGUUCUUUAUGAAAUGCUUUAUGGGCUGCCACCUUUUUACUGCCGUGAUGUUGCUGAGAUGUAUGAGAAUAUUCUUCAUAAGCCCUUAGUUUUGCGCCCAGGAAUCAGUCUUACAGCCUGGUCUAUUCUGGAAGAACUUUUGGAGAAAGAUCGGCAAAGCAGGCUUGGAGCAAGGGAAGAUUUUCUUGAAAUUCAAAAGCACCCAUUUUUUGAAUCUCUCAGCUGGACUGAUCUUCUUCAGAAGAAGAUUCCACCACCAUUUAAUCCUAAUGUGGUUGGACCAGAUGAUAUUGGGAAUUUUGAUGCAGUGUUUACAGAAGAAAUGGUCCCAUACUCAGUUUGCGUUUCUUCUGAUUACAACAUUGUUAAUGCCAGUGUCCUAGAGGCAGAUGAUGCAUUUGUUGGAUUUUCUUAUGCACCACCUUGUGAAGAUAUGUUUUCCUAGGAAGUUAGAAGCCAACAGUGUUUUGGAAGACUUGGGGUAAUCUGAAAUGUUAGAGUUAUGGACACAUUCCAAAAUAGUGUAAACUAGUGCCUCGUUUUGUAUGUAGGUUUGAAACCUAUGAACAAACUUUCUCUGCUGUAUAGGAAGAAUUUGGGCAUUUUGAAUGGCUUUCUUUGGGGUUUGAACUGUUUGUUCCUGCUGCAGAAAAUAUUUUUUUAAAACCUUUAAGAAGCAUUAUCUACAUAUUUUUUAAGCAAAAACACUGACUGUUCUCCUCAGUCCCUUCAAGUUUACAUUCUUACCUAUCUAAGAUUUGGCUGGCACAAACAGCAGCAAAUUUAGUAAAAUUUAUAAAUGCUUUUGUACCUAUUUACAGUGACUUUGUGCUUGAAUUGUAACUAUGCAAAUUGUCUUUUGUAUAUCCUGGUUUAAAAAGGUAAAUGUUCUCCCUGUUGUAUCAGUUUGAAAUGUAUGUUAAUUUACCUAUCAGCACUUAAAUGAGGGGUUAAUAUAAGUUAAGACGAAGAUUCUUAAAGGACUUCUACAGAACGAGAAGUUGGUCACGUAAAACUGGGUUGUUGCUCUUGCGCUUGCUGAAGCAUAUGCAUUCACUCAGCAGGAUUAUCUGAGGUGUGGGACAUUACUCAAAACUGGAAUGGAACAAAUUAACUGGAUUGAUUUGAUAACAUUACUGAUCAUGUGUUCUACUUUUCUUUCCUCCGUGAGAUAAAUAAGUCUAUAUUUCAGCCACAUUUAAAAUGUACUCGGUUAAAACACUGCUUGUCCAAAGAUAUAACAUGCAAUAAUUACUGUUACUUUAAAAGGCUAUCUUGCUUUGACCUUUUGGAGGUGGGUGGUGAGGGGAUCAUGCCAAAUAUUAGGGAUUUUUCUCACAGAUUUAUACUUUGAAACACUAAUGUUCCAAAUUGAUUGUCUUUUGGUAUUCUUAGCUACUUGUCUUUGUGUUCCAGUUUGCACCAUUUUUAAAUCUGCUCUUGAUAUUAGGGGGGAGGGGAAAAAAAAUAUUAAGUUUUGCUGAUAAUUUAAAAAAUGUGAAAAGCUGUUGUAUUUCUGGUAACAUACACAUGUAUGGACAAACUGAUAAUUCUGAACAAUUUCUGUUUAAGGAAAUUUUUUUAAACAAUGCAAAAAUUGACUGCAGUUACAGUGUAUAAAAGCCUAUCAUGGUAAUAGUUUUAUUAUAUAUAUAUAUUACUUGUAAAUAACAACUUAUUUUUGUCUGUUA